AUGGACUGUCCCUUGCCACCAGAAGAUGACUUUCUGCAGCAACUGUCAAAUGAUCUUGAGAUUCCGAUGUUGUUGGAUGACUCUUCUCAGCAAAUGUUAAAUGACUCGACUGAUGAUCUAAUGCAAGACGGCUCAUUACAUAAUGACUUGUUGGAUCCAUACCCUAGUCUGGACGAGCUGGGAGAUGUGGAAGCCAUGCAUUGGGGUCCUGAAGCAUUUCCAAAUCUUGCUCCUUUGCCAGAUGACCCUGACUGUGAAAUCAAGGAUGAAAUAAAGAUUGAACCAGGAUCACCAUUGGCUCUCCUACCACCCUCUCCAUCCCCUUCAAGUUCUUCUAGCUCAGAUGCAUGGACAGGAGGGGAGUCAUUAUCAGAGGUGAAGUUUGUGUUGGAAACACCGCCUAUCUCACCACCACAACUGAGCGAUGGGAGUCCUCCUGGCUCUCCGUACCCAAACAACAAGUCUGGCGACAAACAUCAGGACUCCAUUGUAAUGAUGUCUCCAGUUAAAAUUGUGCCUGUAACCAAAAAUGGUAUUAAGACAGGUGGAGGCACAAAAAUUUUGAUAACUCAGCAGGCAGUAAAUUCAACAAAAAGUAUAAAGAUCCAGCCAAAACCUGAACCAGGAGCAAACUCAGCACUUCCUGUUGUAUCUGUCCCAAAAAUAAAUAAAGUUGUAACUACAACUGUGCCGGCUGUGAAGUGUGUUUCUCAACCCAUUCCAGGAAGACAAGAGUUGGAGAUGAAAGCAAUAAAAAGACAACAACGAAUGAUUAAAAACCGUGAAUCAGCUUGUCUGUCAAGAAAGAAAAAAAAGGAGUAUGUAACAUCUCUUGAGAACCAGAUCUCUGAGCUUCAACAGGAAAAUGUACAGCUUAAAUUGGAAAAUAUUGCAUUAAAAGAAAGGCUGUCACUCUAUGAAGAAAACUCAACAUGGAAACGGCCAGGAGUUUUGAACGGUAACAUCAGGAAAACCACAGCUGUGUUGGCUGUUCUGUUCAUGGUCUCAUUCAAUAUUGGCUCCUUGGGUGGCCUUUUUCACCAAGGGCCUGAUCCACUAGGAGAACUUCAGGGUUCCCCUGCAUCACAAAAAUUACCAAGUUUCAGACAUGGGCGGUCACUGCUGUGGUCAGAUAUGGAUAGAAGAAACUUUCCAUCUGUAGAAGAUCCUUUUAGUGAUGUGAACCCAAUUUCAAAUACAUCAAAUAUACAUGCAACAUGCCCAAUGUUUAUAAAUCAGACUGAGUCCAUAAGAUUGGAUAGUGAGUUACGCCGCUGGAUUGGGGUGGAUCUGGAAUCUGAAAACUUGACACACCAGCCAAAACCAGAGGUUAAGUCAUUGGGUGAAUUACUGCUUCCUGUCCCAACCACAAAACCACAGUCCCAUAAGUUUAAACCAAAAACCAAGAGAAAACAACAAAUUUCACGCAGACAGCCAGCCGUCAGCAAUGAAGUGGAAGUGUAUGGCAUAAGACCACAGUACUACAAUUAUGCUGCUUUCUUUGAGGCAAUACAUAGAAGGGAUGAUACUUUUUAUGUUGUGUCCUUCUCUGGCGAUCAUCUGCUUGUGCCUGCUCUUGCUCAUAACAAAACAGUACGUCCAAAGAUGUCUCUGGUGUUACCUGCAUUGCCCUUCAAUGAAUCAAUGACAGCACCUCCAAACCACGUUACAAUGAUGCAAAUAGACUGUGAAGUAACAAAUACGCAGUUGCUUCAUGUAAAAAAAGGAGAUAUCCCAGCUCAUUUGAGGCAGAAUGACACAGGACACUACUCCAAUUCAACAGCUUCAGAUAAGCCAAGCACAAAGGAUCAAGCUGAUGAUGACUUCACAUCUGAGAGACGUCCAGCCAUGACCAGAUCUCAGCCUUAUCGGCCGUAUUUUGUUAAACCAAAUCACAAGAAGUUUAUGGACAAUGGUGAGUUUCCCAGUGAACCCAAAAUUAGUGUUGAAUUUGGUAGCUCCAAUCCAUAUAAUAUCACCAGUAAUAGGAUGUCAAAUCUCAGCAAUGUGCUCAGUUCUAAAGAUUAUAUGAAAAAGGACCCCAGGUUUACAUAAUUCUGUAAAGCUUGUAUUUUUUUAAGUAUAGUGUGACUGAUAAGAACUCUCAGAAACUUCCUCUCUUUUUCAUACUGUUAACCAUUCAGAUUGAAUUGCCCAGCACAGAAUUAGUUAUUUAAUUGGCGUCACAUCCAAUGGUGGUCUAGCGGUUAGAACGCUGGACUUGUAAUACUGGGGUCCCGGGUUCGAUUUCUGGCGGUGCUCAGAU